CCUGCUCCUUCUCUUCCCUCUUCAGUUUCUCUCUCUCCCCCUCCUCCCUUGUAUAGCCAACAGUUCCUCAGGGUGGGAAAGACAUCUAGUUAAUUCAUAACAAAGUGUUAGCAUCGUGGAUGACUCUUCCCUUAUGCCAUCUGCAUGCUAAUGAAUGAAUCUCUGGUUUUAGGCUAUCUGAUGUUACCAAGAGACAGGAUGGAAGGAGACAAAAGUGGGGGGGUGUGUAGGGGGGAGGCAGGGGAUCCAAUAUCCUUAGGUAGAAAGCUCCCUGAUAACCCAAAGACAGCAGCCUGCUCUACCUGACGAAAAGCUGUCUGUGCCAGAAGCCUCCUGAAGCAUGGCCCCACAGAUAAUGUGAAAUUCUCUCUCCUCUGCAUCCUUGGUCUGCAGUGACACUGGCAGAUGCUAAACUUUGGCCUGUCUCGAACAGCUAAUUAGGUUACAGAGGCUGCCAAAAUUCCCAAAGUCAUCCUAAGAAAGGGAAACACUGAGAUCUCAAGCAAAGGUCAGAAGACACAAACACUAAUUUGAUUUUUAAGAAAGAAACCACCAAAUAAGAGGGGGAGGGUGAGAAAGAAGAGAGGGCAGGUAGGUCUUUGACAAUCUGGCAACUCCACAUCAGUCUCAUAAACAUUGAGAUCAGGUAUAAAUCGGUCCCACUCCUCUCUCCAGUAACAAAUACUGUAUAUUCAUAAAGGAUGUUACUGUAACAGACACAGUAUAUUCAUAACUUCUUCCAGAGAGCUUAGUCCAAACCUCCUGAGACAUCAGGAGCGCUUUCAGAGUCCUUCCUGCUGGAGAACGUGCCCACCUGGGAGUAAUGGGGCUGGAGAGAGGAAGGAGAUAAUUUACUAAAUGGAAUCAGUUGAACAAACACAAACACAUGGGCAUAAUCAAGGCUUCUUUAUUGUUUGCAUCCAAUUAUUACAAAGAACUGCCGUCUGCCUCUUGGUUCUCAGUAGUGGAGAGGCAGCCUUAAAAACCUAGAGACCCAAUUCUUCAAAAAGAUUACCCCAGAAAGUUCGUGUUGGGGAUGCGGUGGGGUAGCAGGAUAAGCAGGACUUCACUGCCACCAGCAGGGCCCAGAAGAAGUGCAGGCCAAGAGAAGACCAGGAGCUGCCUACAGCAGAAGCCCCACGCAAGAACAUAAAACUUGCAGCUGUGCCCAUCCGCCCCCUCCCCAAUCUCAAGAUUGGGAAAAGCGGUUCUUCGUCUCUAAAAGACAGUUGUUCCCGCCCUAGAGCUCAACAUGAGGGGUUUGCAGACCAAACUGCAGUUAAGGCUCCAAACACGACUUUCUCCCCACACACAGCACAAUCUAGGAGGUCUUUUUCGUGCCCUGGCAUUUGUAGAAUUUCGGAGGUGCAGUGGAGUGUGGCCUGGAGAUGGCAGUUUUACGGCUCAGUCCCUUUGCGUCUAAGGGCACCCCGGAAGUGGACCUGACCCCUUGCGCUGUCCAUCUCAUGCCCCCAACCCAGGUAGCAGAUCCGCGUCCGCUCUGGCCACAUUCGAUCAGGUGGAGCCAAUUCAUGCUUUGCACGGGUGGAACCAAUUCAUGCUUUGCACGGGCUUGGAAAGGCUGCUUAAGGCCAACUCUGAUCUCUCGCACCGGGCUCCAAUCCGCGGUCACCUGCACUUUGCGGGCCGUUGCGCGGGGCGAUGCUCCCGGGAGCCCACAUCAGCCUGCAGUGCCUAGGCGUGCGCCGCGCCGCACGGAUUUCCAGGCAUCCUCCCAUUCCGCGGGCCCCAGAGCCUCCGAGCUAGAGCUAGCGUAAUGGCCCAAGACCGAGUAGGGGCGGGAGCAGGAAGGACCCCCUGAAGGCUUAGAGACCUCGGGAGGGCUUCCCGCGGAGAUCCGCUCUCGAAAAGGUUCAGAGACCAUGCGGCGAGGAGCACGUGAGCGGCGGGGCUCUGUUAUAAAAACCCCCGCUCUACUGCGCCUGGAGAGCUAGAGGAGAGGCAGGACGCUGCCACCUGCACCAAGAAAAACGGUGAUGGUGACACUCCCUCCUGGACGCCUGAGGAGGUCCCAGGUUUUUGGUGCGUCGGACCAUAGGGGUCCGGGCUCCGCGGUACGUCUAACUUUGAGGCGAAAUUCCCAACACUUAAGCAAAAACGCACAGAGGCCGGCACGCGUGCAUUUUAGAAAACGCUCAGAGCUUGUUUGACCUUUAGUAGAGUUGAAGGAGGAGUAGCAGAAAUCUCAGGCUAAUUUUUUGUCCUCCGCGGAGGAGGCAGCAAGGAGCGCCCCAGCUCGACCUUAGAGAAGCCCGAGCGACUCCUUAUCAGCCUGAGACCCCCGCGCCCCAGCAGCCUUUAAGUCGCGGGAUAUUCUACGCCCAGCGGGAGGCAGCUGGAGGUAAACUCCGGUCGCCUGGCGUAGAUAAAGUUUGGUCCGCUCCACUUGCCUGCUCCCUCCCGGCCGCGGUGACAGCCCCCUCCUCCAGCGGCGGGCGCGGGCGGGGAGAUGGCCGCGGAUUCCGCGACCCGCAUGGGCGCUUCCCGGCGCAAAGGGGCGCCACGCGCGUAGCUCCAUCACGCUGACCUCCCGCACAUUCCCGCUGCUGCGCUGAACCCGGGCAGCAAGCGAAGGCGGGCGUGCAGAGGGGCAGGAGGCGGCAGCGACAGGGGCCGGUGGGUCCGUAUGGCCGCUGUCCGCCCGCUAGGAGUGUGCGCCACGGAGCUCGCCUGCGGCUACUCCGGCUCGAAGCGGCUCUGAGUCGCGCUGCCUGGGGAGAUCGACCUAGCCGUACGGCGGAGCCGCGGGCAGGAACCCGAGGAUCAGGAGACGCCGGCUAUUCCUCCCUGAGGGCGAUGUGGCCGGCCGGUGCGGGCACCAAGCUGCCCUGUCCCCGGGACUCUGCGCUCCGGCGGGCGGCUUUCUCCGGGAACCUCACCGCCCUGCCUUCUCACCUUAUGCCCGCGGGCCGCAGCGUCCGGGUCUUCAUCAGCGCCAACCCUGAAGACACGGGAGCAGAAAGACAGGCACUAAGAGAAAAUGUGUAUCCUAAACUGAGAGAAUUCUGCAGAGAAAACUAUGGAUUAGAAUUUCAGGUCAUAGAUCUGUACUGGGGAAUUGCCGAAGAGGAAUGGGACAGCCCUGAGCUCCACAAGACCCGCAUGAAGCUGCUGGAGGACUGUUUGAAAACUUCUGCAGGUCCAUGUUUUGUUGGACUAUUAGGUGAAAAAUAUGGGAACAUCCGAAUCCCUGGAGAAGUGGAAGCCUCAGAGUUUGAAAUGAUUUUGGAUGCUGCCGUAGAGGCGAAGCUGGAGACCAAGUUGCUGGAGGAGUGGUACUGUCGAGAUGAGAACUCAGUACCAGCAGCUUAUUACCUCAGACCCAAGUCGGAAAUGCUGAAAAGCAAUAAAAAUGCAAUACAGCCCGCUGCCAAUUCUGAGAAUGAGAAGCCCUGGCAAGAAAUAUCAGAUGAGAUCAAGAAGAUAUUUAAGGCUUCUGUAAAACUGUUACAUGAAAAGGGGAAAAUGAAACACAGCCAAGCCAAGAGGUACCUGUUCUCAGCUAUAGAGGAUGAAUUUGACUUUGCUCUAGGGAAGCAAACUCCAGCAUUCCUAAAGAAGUGUGUUUGCUACAUUAGGAAAAUCGCUAACAUUGAACGUUUCGUGAAAAUCCCAGAGAUGGGAAAAUACAUGGAUAUAACUGGAGCAGAACCAAGGAUCAUUCGGGACCCAGAAGCCCAAGAGAAGUUGAUAAAACUCAGGGAUGAAUUUAUUCCUACCAUUGUUGCGUCAUCCAAUCUGAGAGUGUACACAUCUGUUACUCAUUGUGACAUGAAACUGGGCUAUUCCCAAGAUAUAGAAAAUCACUACAUAGAAGGGCUCGGUAAACAAUUUUAUGAAGACAUGAUUGACAUAAUUCAGGCAACAGUACAACAGAAUUUUGACACUGAAACUGAUACACUGUACGACGAAAUCCUGCAGCAUUCCUCGUUAUGUAAAACAUAUGCCUCCUUCUACGAGUACAAGUGUGAGGCUCUAAACAGAGUGCACAAAUACAUUCUUCCAAGCAAAAGCGGUCACAUCAACCCUCUUAUUGUAUAUGGUGGACCUUGCACCGGGAAGACCCUUCUGCUGGCCGAAGUAGCAAAGAAGGCUUACGGCUGGCUCCAUGAAGACACGGGACCAGAGUCUGACCCGGUCAUCAUUGUGAGGUUUCUAGGGACCACAGACAUGAGUACCGACCUUAGGACUCUCCUUCUAAGCAUCUGUGAACAGUUGGCAGUGAACUACCGGUGCCUGGUUCAGAGCUACCCUAAGAAGAUCCAUGACCUCCGUGACUUAUUUAUAAACCUUCUGAAUGAGUCUUCGUUGCAGAGACCUCUGGUGGUGAUACUCGACGCCCUGGAGCAGCUCUCUGAGAGUGAUGAAGCCAGGAAGCUCUGGUGGCUCCCAGCUCACCUUCCCCGCUUUGUCCGGAUCGUCCUGUCCACACUGCCCAGCAAGCAUGGGAUCCUGCAGAAACUAAGGUGCCUUAUCCACGAAGAGGACAACUAUAUCGAGCUGAUCCCGAGGGACAGGAAGAUGUGCAGCCAGGUCCUCAAACACCAGCUGCUGCGUGUCAAGAGGAAGGUCACAUCGGGCCAGCAGAUUUACGUCAACAACGCCUUCUCCAAGUGCACGCUGCCCAUGUUUGUGAACCUGACCUUCCGGGAGGUGAAACACUGGCGAUCACACAGGGACGUGGACGAGUCCUCCCUCUGCGUCACCGUUCACGAGAGCAUAGAGCAGCUCUUCUGGUCCCUGGAGAAGAGGUGUGGGCAGAAACUUGUCUCCCGGGCUCUUGGUUACAUCACCAUGGCCAAAAUGGGUCUGAGUGAAAUGGAGCUGGAGGACGUGCUGGCCCUUGACAACAGCGUUAUGAGCGAGCUCCACGAGGGCGCCAGGCCUGGCAAUCCCCUGAGGGUACCUUAUCUGUACAUCGCAAGGCUCAAGGAGGGGCUCAGUGGGUACCUAAUUGAAAGACACGUGAAAAACGUCACCCUCCUGGUCUGGGCCAACAGACACCUGCAGCUCAUCGCCCAGAAGCUGUAUCUGCAGGACGACCGGGACCUGCGUGAAAUGCACACCAUCCUGGCUGACUACUUCCUGGGGGUCUGGUCAGGGGGCCGGAGGAAAGCUUUCUGCCUCGAAGACUCCUACCUGAAUGGCUGCCUUGACUUGGAGAGCAGCAGCCUGCUUGAUGAAGAAAAGCAUUUCAUGGAGCAGGCUUCCUUCGACAGGCAGGCCCCAGACCAGCCCUGGGUUUUCCAGUGUAACCCACUGGAGCCUGACAUCUUCUUUGUCAAUCACCGGAAAAUGUGUGAGCUCCUGCACCACCUGACGAGGUGUGGGAAAACCGAUGACCUGCUCUACGGCGUCAUCAUGAACUUUAGCUGGCUCUACACCAUGAUCAAAAUCGGCCAGUUUGACAGAGUGCUCUCGGACAUCGAGCUGGCUUACAACUACUCGCAGGAGAAGGAGCUGAAGUUCCUGGCCAGCACCCUCCGUGGCAUCAAAACCAAGAUCAUUGCAUUUCCUGGCUCCCUUUCUGCAGAGCUGCAGCAAAGACUGCUGCCUGUUGUGAGCUCUCUGCCCAAACUCAGACACCUUCUUUUAGAAUGCGACAAAGACGGGCCCAAAUACUGCUCCAUCGUGCCAUUACAUUCAUCCAUGGACGUGACCUAUAGCCCGGAGCGUCUUCCCCUGUCAUCCAGUCAUCUGCAUGUCACCGAGAUCCUGCCUACCUGUAACCCCAGUACAGUCCUCGCAGCUUUAGAAAACGGUUCCAUCAGCACGUGGGAUGUGGAAACGCGUCAGCUCCUCCGGCAAAUCACGACGGCCCAGUCGGUCAUCCUGGGCAUGAAACUCACCAGUGAUGAGAAGUAUCUCGUGGUGGCUACGACCAAUAACACCUUGCUGGUGUAUGACAAUGUCAAUUCUUGUCUCCUGUCUGAAGUGGAAAUCAAAGGGACCAAGCAUGGAAGCAGCUCCACCUACAUCAACGGAUUCACACUGUCCGUCAAGCAUGCCCUGGCCUGGCUCGAAGCCAGCAAAGAUGUGACUGUCAUCGAUCUGCUCUACGGAUGGCCCCUUUACCAGUUCCACUGCUGGUACGAAGUGACCUGUGUCCAGUGCUCCCUGGACGGCGUGUAUGCUUUCUGUGGACAGCACCUAAACACCACCACCAUCUUCCAUCUGGGGAGUGGAGAAAAGCUGUGUACGGUGACCUCUGAAUUUUCAGGUGGGUUUGUGAAGUUCCUUCUCAUCUUGGACAUGGCCCAAGAAAUGGUCAUGGUAGACAGUGAGGGAAGCCUCUCCGUUUGGAACACGGAGGACAUCUCCAGCCCCCAGCUGACGGAUGACUUUGACUGCCGACGGGAAGACAGCGAGGUGGUCAGUGUUGAACUUUCAGAGGACCAAAGUGCUGUUCUGAUCUGCAAAGCCCUCAGCAUUGAGCUCUUGGAUACCGGCAUGUGGAAGGUGGCUGAAAAGUUUAGAGCUAAGCACAACGAACGCUUUAUAUCGGCUGUGCUGUCCAAGAAUGGGGACUGCAUCAUCGCGACCAUGGAAAAUACCUCAGCCGUGUUUUUCUGGAGGCGGGAAACGGGGCAGUGUAUGGCGAGCUUACAGGAAAUCUCAGGUACCAUAGUCAAGCUGGUGAAAUCUAGUCACCACAACAUGCUGCUCUCUCUAUCCACCAGUGGCGUGCUUUCCAUCUGGGACAUCGAUAUCAUCACAGCCAUGUCCAACAUAGAUAAGACUGGAAAACCCAUCCAAAGUCUGGUGUUACCUGCUAGGGGGGAAAUCAUUUACUCGCUCGAUGGUUCUGAUUGUGUUCACAAGUGGAACUUCAGCAGUGGCUUCCUUGAAGCAGUAUUUAAGCACGAAGGCACAGUCGAACACUGUGUGUUGACGUCCUCGGGAGACAUCAUGGUGACCUCAGAUGACAAGAGCAGCCAGUAUGUCUGGCACACCAGCAGCGGUGAAAACCUCUUCCGAAUUAACGGGCAGAGAAUAUCUCAGCUGCUCAUUACCCACAAUGACCAGUUCGUGGUCUCUCUCUGUGAGGAAAAUGCGUCCAGGGUGUGGAGACUGGCCACGGGCCACAGGGUGUGCAACAUCCUGACCACUUUGCAGAACGCCUUUAUAACCUCGGCAAACACCUUUGUGGUGGGGAUGACCAAAAGCAAGGUGCUGGCAGUCAGCCUCUGGACAGGGAGCAUCACCAAGAAAUUCUGCUGUGAGGACGGCAUCACCAUCGUGAAUUUUAAAUUGAUCCCCGACUGUCCGGACAUCAUCGUGUUUAUCACGUCCGCCGAGACGGUGAAUAUCUGGAGUCUGACAGAGGAAGUCAUCUGUCGUCGUGUGCAACUUCCAAACAACUUCCUGAAAAAUCUAGAGGAUUUUGAGAUUUCGCCCAAUGGCAAGCUGGGCAUUAUUUCUAGGGGGGAUGAAAACAUCAACGUGCUGGACUUACACAGCGGUAAAUUACGCGUGGUUCACGCCUCGGGCGUCAUCUGGAGGCAGAGGUUGUCUCGAGAUGGUCGCUACCUGGUGUACAUUUGUUUCCGAAACGGGGAGGAAGAGGAUGAAAACGGUGCAAUAUCCAGUUUGAUUGUCAUGAGACUGGCCGACGGCAAAAAUAUCGGUGCCUGUUCCCUUUACAAAACACCGACUUUUCUUGCCCUCUCCCAGCGGCACCUGAACAUCAUUGUGGGUUUUGACGAUGGCAGUAUAGGGAUAUACACGGUGGUGGACCGCGUGGAUGCUGCACUGAAGAUUAAAAUCGCCACUUCAAAUAGCAGACAGAUUUUCAACAAUGCGACACAGACAUCCAGGCCAAAGUGUAACAGUUACUGUUUUAAGAUGUCUGUGGAUUGCUUAUGGAGAGAGUCCACCGAGGUUUUUGCAAGAGACAGUCCAAUCACAGUGAGUGACUCCAUGGAGCCCAACGAGGCGACGCCCUCCAAGAAACACAACGCCUGCUAUGACCGCGUGUGCCCUGUUCUGGAAUCUAGGGGCCACAGUUAUGCCCCUGACAACUGACAAAAUGUUUUUUCCUGCUCGGCAGAAAUAUGUGCUACACAUAUAAAAGGAAAAAAAGAGUAUCUUCUGUAUCCCAGAUGAUAACCCACUCAUUCUUAAAGGACAGGAAAGAUGCUGGAGUUCCCGUGUUCAUUAUUGCGUGCUCGUGAAAUGUACAGAAGUGUGAAGUUUGGUUUUGAGUUGUUUUUUUUUUUUUUUUUGUCAAAGUUUUUCCAGGAAUGAAGUCUUGACAGGGAACUUCUAGAAACUGUAUUUACAUGGCCACAUCAACUGGAAGUUAGAGGAUAGUUUUUACGUUACCUGUGUGAAAAGAAGCCGCUUAACGCAUCCUAUUGUUCAGAUGAGAGGGGCUAGAGCUACACGCAGAGCAUUUGGACCAGAGUUAGUUCUACAGACACUGGUUGAAAUCGUAAACACAAUCUGCUGCUGAACAUCAAGUGAUUGUGUGGAUCACUAAACACAGCCUUAAUCUCUCCUUACGUUUUACGAUCCUGACAACUGUCUUGCAGAUGGAAGGACUAAAGGUGCAAAAUAACGUAACAGAAAAGCCCAGAUGUACUCCCAGUUUCCCAGGAGAAAGGAUGUCGAGUGUGAGGCCACAGACUGGGACAGGACAAGAGCCACUUCCCACUAUCAUAGGGCUACUGAACACACAGCCGGUCUUCAUUAAAACGCAGCUGUGACAACUGCAUGCAAGGGUUUCCAUACAAUGGAGCAGAGGAUUUUCAAGCUAUUUUCGGGGCUGCAGAGGACACAUUUAAUAGGAAACCACAAUCGUUUCACGUCAUUUUGAAAUGCCUCUUCAUGCUGGGUGCAAGGAAGAGUUCCAGAAAGGGCAUUACAAAUUUGGUCAAAACACCUGUUCGUUUCUAUCAUUGUACUCACAACAGUCUGUGCUACGGAAGACGGUUGUAUGGAAGCAUAAAUUAUUUCCUAAAUCCCUGCAGUAAAUCUUCAUAGCAGGAAAGCUUUCUCGACAUGCCACCUAUGGAACACUGAUGACAUUUGCCUUACUCUCAUUCCUCCUCUUUCCUGUGUAAAACGCAGAUAGAUGACCAAAUACUCUGGGACAAACUGAAUAUGCCUGUCUUUGUGCUAAAAUAUUUCAUGAAUCUUAAGAGUGUCCAAAGGCUCUUUAUUGUCCCUGUUUGUAAUCACUUUCUUACUCUAUACACUAUAUGUAUCCUUCUUUAUCUGUCACUCUUUCUGCCUGAGGACUCCUCUGAGGCUUUUAUAUUAUAGUCUUAACCGUUUCAAAGCAGAAGCUGUGAAAUUGGUAUUACUGUUUUUAAAAAACUACUUCCCCUAUUUAAAAGAAAAUAUUACAUCCUAAGAGGGGAAAGUGAUUUUCUUCUUUCCGUAUCCUCCUCAUGACAUGUCCUUGGAUGACUUUCCAAAGGGUGUCAGUAGUGAUGGUUUGGUUUGGUUGGGUCUGAUUUGAAACGGGCAGAAUAAUGACCAAGGAACUGACUUGCUUUCAGUCCAGCUCUGCUGUGAACUCCUCAAGCAUCCAUAGACAGAUCCUUAACCGCCCAAACAUACUGCUUUUGUAAACUGCAGAAUAAAGGUAGUGAUGGCUUCUGCUAUUGCCCUCAGAGGGAUGUUGGGGAGAAAUGUGAGAAAAAGAGAGUGGCAUCUUAACUGUUGAUGCUAAUGAGACACAAAGUGACCCAACCCAUAGGGAAUCCAAGCCAACCGUACUUCACUUUGGGAAGCAGUCUGACAUGUAAGCAUGCAGAGAUGUGAUUCAGACACAAUCACUCACUCCCCGGUGAGAGACUUUUUCUCAGUAUGUUUUUCUUGGUCUAGCUACCAACCAGGGAGCCAGCUCCCUAAGCCCAGAGAAGGCUCAUUCUGCAUACAGAUCACCUGGAGUUGAUUGUAUUGGUCGAUGCUAUUUUUUAGCUCUUCAGAAGUAACCCAUUCUUACUCUUGUCAUUAUCAGUUGGACCUCCAUGCUACACAUUUCUAAGAAUUAAAUGCCUAGAUGGAUUAAAUGUAGUGUGUGAAUGUUCUAUGUAACACCCAAUAGAGUUUAACAAGUGACUUGAAUGAUUUUUCCUAAAUUGUUUGCAACUGAUAGCUCAUAUUGAAUGUUUUUAUGUAAACUUUGUAUUGUUGGGAAGAAUUACCUAUUCAGAGAUUUAUAUUUUCAUAAAUGUUACAUUUAGUUAAAUUUUGUUACAGAGUUGUUACACUAGAAAAUUACUGCAGUCUUCAAACAAUAUACAGUCUUGUGUAUGUAUCGUUUGUAUGAAUAAAAGAUAAACUACU